AUGUCGUAUAUAACAUCUAUCCACCGUUAGCGCCGAACCUCUGUGUUUUGCUGCCAAAAAACGCAAUCGAAAGAAACAGGGUUGCGAAGAAGAAGAAGAGAAUGGCGGCUACUGUGUCUGCGUGGUCCAAGCCCGGAGCAUGGGCACUUGAUUCCGAGCAACACGAAGAGGAACUCCUUCAACAAAACGACAUCAAAACCACCACAAACGACACCGCCGUUGCCGACUUCCCUCCCCUCGCCGUCGCCGCUGCCACCAAGCCCAAGAAGAAGAAGGCCCAGACUCUUUCCUUGGCUGAGUUCGCUGCCAAGCCUGACUCCCUCUUCACCCGCCACGAAGAUCCCGUUGAGCUGCCAACCGGUCCGCGCGAGCGAACCGCUGAGGAGCUCGACCGGACCCACCUCGGAGGUGGGUUCAGGUCGUAUGGUGGUGACCGAUCCAACCGGAAUUCCGGCGGCGAGGAUUCCAGUUCGAGAUGGGGUUCGUCUAGGGUUUCUGAUGAGAGCCGGAGGAACGGUGGUUCGUUUAGGGAUUCGAAUCGCGAGAUUGAGCCGUCGCGUGCUGAUGAAGUUGAUAACUGGGCUGCUGGGAAGAAAUCGACUGGGAAUGGGUUUGAGAGGAGGGAUAGGGAGAAGGAGAGAGGCGGGUUUUUCGAUUCGCAGUCGCGUGCUGAUGAAUCGGAUAGAUGGGUUUCGAGUAAGAGCUUUGCCCCGUCGGAGGGGCGGAGGUUUAGCUCCGGUGGUGGGGGAGGGUUUGAGAGGGAGAGGAAGGUAGGGUUUGGUACCAGUGGUGGUGCAGAUUCGGAUAAUUGGAACAAGAAGAAAGGUGAAUUCAGCGUUGGGAGUGAGAGAACUGAGAAUGUUGGUGUUGGUGGUGGCGGCGGUGGGUUUGAGGGGGAGAGGAAGGUGGGGUUUGGUACCAGCGGUGGUGCGGAUUCGGAUAAUUGGAACAAGAAGAAAGGGGAAUUCAGCGUUGGAAGUGACAGAACUGAGAGUGCUGGUGUUGUUGGUGCAAGGCCGAGGCUUGUGCUGCAACCUCGGUCACUGUCGGCGAGUAAUGAGACCGAGGAAACUGGUCCUGGGAAAGUGGGGAAGCCUAAAGGUGUGAACCCCUUUGGAGAGGCGAGGCCGAGGGAGCAGGUUUUGGCUGAGAAAGGGCAAGAUUGGAAGAAGAUUGAUGAGCAGCUCGAGAGCGUGAAGAUUAAGGAGACAGUGGAUUUGCCUGUGAAAAAGGGUUUUGGAUCUAGCAAUGGAGGUGCUAGAUUGCCAGAAGAGAAGACUGAGAGGAGUUGGAGGAAGGCUCUGAUUGAUGAUGUUCGUCCAAAAAGUGCUGAGAAAGUGGAGGAAGAACACGUUGAAGAAAACUGAAGAGCUCUCAAUUACUUUUAUCUCUGCAGACUGAUUAGCGAGAGUUGGAAAAGAAAAUUGAACAUCAAAAACUUAAUUUUUUUGUUUCCAUUGAAGUUUUGUCUUCAAUUAUGAUAUGUUUUAUUGUGAAACACUAUACGGAAACUGUUGAAGACAUUUUUGAUAGGGAUGCUGGUAGCUUAGGCAGUCUUAGUUUUUAUGGCUAUGUUUGUAGCUGAAUGUCGCCGAAGUUUGGUUUUGAUUUUCACCUUUCAUAUUCUGUAUACGCUUAGGCGGUGAACUGCCGAUUUUGGUGUCUUAUGUUUUCCUCGUUCCCCUUCUAUGUUCAAUGAUAUUUAUGUUUAAUA